UCUCUCUCUCUCUCUCCCGCCCAAUCGUGACUGCUUCUCUUCCUUUCGCGAUGGAGUAUCUGGUUUCUUCCGAUUGCUGGUGGUACUCGGCCUCCUUUCCUUUCACCGACCACCUUACCCUCCCUCUUUCCUCCCUUAUCAUCCUACCUGGACAUCGUCCCUUGCCACUCGCCUCUCCUUCCCAUGAGGAGUAGACUUGUCUGUGGUCGCUCCGCGCGCCACUGCACCUACAUGCACACAGUUUCCCUCCCCCGCCCUUGUGCACAUACAUGCAUAGUAGCAAACAUUCUUGCCGAUGCGCGCACCGAGCGUGCUCAUACGCGCACGCACACCCAUCGGCGCCCUCAUUUCCCCCCGCGCAUGUACACGCAUGUGUGUCUGUCUUCCUGCGUGUGUAUGUCCGUGUGUUUCGUAUGUCCCUGUGUGGCGCCGCGCCGCACGUUGGCCGCUCGACCGGGGUGCGCAUUUAGCCCCCUUUCUCGGUUAAAUUAAUCGAGCGCAAAUGGUGUUCCCA